GCUUCAGCUUCAGCUUCAAGCUUCAAUAAUAUAUAAUAAUAUAUAAAAGUUUCAUUCACCACAUAGUAUAAGAUGACGACAAACGUAGCCCUUGACACCUCAAUGGGCACGAUAACGCUCGAGCUCUACACGACGCACGCGCCGCGCACAUGCACCAACUUCGUGACCCUCGCGCGGCGGGGCUACUACGACAACUGCAUCUUCCACCGGAUCAUCCCCAACUUCAUGGCGCAGACGGGGGAUCCCACGGGCACCGGCCGCGGGGGCACCUCCAUCUACGGCGAGAAGUUCGCCGACGAGAUCGCCCCCGACCUGCGACACACCGGCGCCGGCAUCCUCAGCAUGGCCAACGCUGGCAAGGACACCAACGGCUCCCAGUUCUUCCUCACCCUCGCCCCGACCCCCUGGCUCGACGGCAAGCACACCAUCUUUGGCCGCGUCAAGGCCGGCCUGGCGGUUUUGAAGCGCAUGGGCAUGGUGAAGACUGGCGCAGAUGAUAGGCCUGCGGAGGAGGUCAAGAUUAUUCAAGCGAGAGUGCUAGAGGAGGAAGCAGCUUAAUGCUCAUAUGUAUUACAUGGGCUCAACUACUACAUACAGACAAUGAACGAAGGGCGGCGGAGUAUCUAGCGAGAAUCGAGAUAGGCAUGGGCACCUAGGCAGAUGACGAUGUUUUCAUGAGUCGGCGUUCUGGAGUCUCAGAGAAAUCUUAUCUUCAUCAUUAGGUAGACGCGUACAAAAUACCAAUUGCAAAACAU